GAAAAUACAGUCACAGGUCACCGGUAUCCUGUCUUUGACGGGAGGCGGAGGAACACCGGCUAAAACCACGUCCAUUGCGACAGGAUCUUAAUCAGCAUCUGAGAUCUCCCUUCGUUUAUUUUCUGUUUGUGUUAACAGAUCGACAUGGCCAGGAAGAGAGGAAACCGUGAGACUGAGAGUAGUCCUUUGGUAGAAGAACCGAGGCCCUCGAAAGGGACCCAGUCACCAGGAGGAGCAUCAGCACGCAUGUCAAUCCUCAUCCUCGUCUCCAUCUUUGCCUGUUCUGCUUGUGUCAUGUAUCUGCUUUUCAAAAAUUUCCCAGAGCUGAGCGAAGAUGAAAGGGAAAAGAUCAAAAUUCCUAAAGACAUGGACGAUGCCAAGGCGUUGGGCACAGUACUGUCCAAAUACAAGGACACUUAUUACACACAAGUACUUUUAGCGUACUUUGCUACAUAUAUCUUCCUUCAGACGUUUGCCAUCCCAGGUUCCAUUUUUCUCAGUAUACUGUCAGGAUAUCUCUACCCUUUUCCUCUAGCUCUCUUCCUGGUCUGUCUGUGUUCGGGCCUUGGAGCGUCUUUUUGCUAUAUGCUGUCUUAUUUAGUCGGGAGACCGAUGGUCUUCAAGUACCUCACAGAGAGAGCGCAGAAAUGGUCACAACAGGUAGACAAGCACAGAGACCACCUCAUUAAUUACAUCAUUUUCCUGAGAAUAACACCGUUCCUUCCAAACUGGUUCAUCAACAUCACCUCACCGGUCAUUAAUGUGCCUCUUGGUGUCUUCUUCCUGGGCACCUUUCUUGGAGUAGCCCCUCCAUCCUUUGUGGCGAUAAACGCAGGGACGACGCUGUAUAAGUUGACCACAGCUGGAGAGGCAGUGUCCUGGAACUCUCUCCUCGUGUUGGGUGUUUUGGCUGUUGUCUCCAUCCUGCCUGUCUGCUUUCAGAAGAAACUCCAGCAGAAGCUUGAUUAGACUUCACCAGCCCUUCUUGUUCCAGCUCAGGAAUGAUACACCGGUUGACCUCUAGGGCCAACUUCUCUGUUUUUCGACUCUUAUGCAUGCACCACAAAUCCUAAUUUCUUCAUGUGACAGGUGAUGGCCAACCAGUCUGUCAGUGAUGGACUGGCCUAGACUCUUUACAAAUUUUUCUCUGCAUUACUUUCAAGGGAUAAAAAGUCUCCCAUCACUAACCCUCUAGCGUUAAGCAAUAUUUUCCAUGUCAGUGUCUUCAAAGGUUUUAAACUCCCUAAUAUUUUUCUAAACACAACAGCAAUGUUCUUUUUAAGAUUCUAGGGGAAGAGUCCUGUAAUAUGUACAAUACACUGGAAAAAGCAUAUUUUUACUCAGUUGCUGAGAUCAAAUAAGAAGUACCAUUAAACUUUCUUUGGUCUCACACCCAAUUUAAUAUUCAAACAUGUUUGAGAAUGAGGUAUUACAUGCAUCAGAAACCAUUCAGGGGUUAGCUUUUUAAUAACAGUCUUGAUUUUCUGCUUUUCUUUAUGUGACGGUUUAUUUUCUAAUUCUAAUCUUAAUUCUAAUGCCAGCUAAGACUGCAGUUGGGGUCUCAGUGUUGGUGAUCUACCAACAGUGCCCUGUCUACUGCUGCUGACUGUAGGUGAUAGUGCUAAGCUAAAUUUUACCCUAACCAAUUCGUAAAAUUGGACGAUGCCACAUUAGUAUUAGAGAUCAAAACUGUGGAUUGAAUUUGUUUAGAUUGGUACUGCCUUAACUAGUAAUUAUAAAUGUCAAGUUUGCAACUAAGAGACUGAUGUCAGUCAUACAACUGAACCAUUAGCACCCAGUCUGACAUUUCAGACACUUCACCUGUUUGUUGAUGGCUUUUUGGCCUAAAACAAACAGUCUCUUUACAUGUGAAUGCAACUUUUUGAAAUAGUCAAAAUGCCAAAUGAUUUUGAGCUUCUUGAAAUAGUUCUUAGUAUAAUGUAAGGCCAUAGUAGUUUGGCCUGUUCGUAGGUUAUAAUUUUCAUUCAAACCACAAAACAGAGGGAAGUAUUAAUUCUGAGCCUUAGGUUGGUUAUCUGGAAAUGCAAGAGAUUUAGAACUGUUAAAGUCGGUUACCUAGACCUAGUCAAGCCAUGCCACUGUAAAGGAUUUUGAAUGGAAUAUUUCUGUUUAACCAAUGCAACUUAGUGUAACUUUAUGAAGUGUGGAAACUUCUCUCUGCAGUUAAAGGGACAGUUCACCCAGAAAUGAAAAUUCUCUCAUCAUUUACUCGCCCUAAUAACAUCCCAGAUAUGUAUGACUUUCUUUUUUUUCUGCUGAACACAAAUGAAGAUUUAUUUCUUUUUUUUUAGAAUAUCUCCGCUCUGUUGGUUCACGCAAUGCAAGUGAAUGGUGACCAAAACUUUGAACCUCCAAAAGCAUAUAAAGGCAGCCUAAAAGUAAUCCAAAAGACUCCAGUGGUUUAAUCCAUGUCUUCAGAGGCGAUAUGAUAGGUGUGGGUGAGAAUAAGAUCAAUAUAUAAGUCCUUUUUUACUAUUAUUCUCCACUUUUACUUUCACAUUCUUCUUCAUGUGUUUUUGGAGAUUCGCAUUCUUUGUGCAUGUCGCCACCUACUGGGCAGGGAGGAGAAUUUAUAACAAAAAAGGACUUAAAUAUUGAUUUGUUUCUCACCCACACCUAUCAUAGCACUUCAGAAGACAUAGAUUAAACCACUGGAGUAUUAUGGAUUAGUUUUAUGCUGCCUUCAUGUGCUUUUUUGCACCUUCAAAAUUUUGGUACCCAUUUACUUGCAUUGUGAGGACCUACAGAGCUGGAAUAUUCUUCUAAAAAUCUUUGAUUUAUUUAAUCUGCAUUAUUAUUAUUUGUUUUUGUUUUGCAGAAGAAAGAAAGGCAUACACAUCUGGGAUGGCAUGAGGGUGAGUAAAUGAUGAGAGAAUUUAUUUUUGGGUGAACUAUUCCUUUAAACUGCCUUUGAGUAACACAAAUAAGUCUUAAGUUAUUUCUGUUUUACUUUUGUCUGAUAGCUAAGGUACAAUUUGCUGUAUUUUAUUUUAAAUCAUUUUAUUUAUUUUUUUGUUUCUGAAUACCUGAAAACCAGGUCUGAGAGACAUUGUAACACUUACAAAAUGGGUCGCAAAGUUCAAUACAGCUUUAAGUUGGGAAUGAAAUUAACAAGAUGGGCAUGAGGUUAAAUUAACAUUGUUUGCACUGAAAUGUGUGCAACAAGGGAUUGUUGUUAUACCUGAUAGCCUACCAUUGCUCAUUGAUCAUUUGAUUUGUUCUCUUGUAAUAUCUGCUGUCUUUUUCUUUCAUACAUGCCAUUAAGUUUGUCAUCUUUAAAUGUUCCAAGUACCUCAGAAAGCUCUUUAGUAGAACAUGAACUGAGAGAGCGGAUGUGACUGAGUUAUGCGUUAGUCCUGCAACAGUUUCAGGUUGCAAACAAACUGUAUUUGUUAUGAUGAUGAUGAUUGUUUGUUUAUUGAUAAUCUGUCUGUCCUGAUUGCAGUUUCCUAAAUUCUAACCUGAUUUUUCUCUGGCAUAUUUUUACAGAGAUGUCUUUAUCCAUAAAUUAUGGUUACUGAUCACAGUAUUACAUAACAUUUAAUUGAAAAUGUUUUGUUUUGUCCAGUAUUUAAAAAAAAAAAAGAAAAAAAAAGAAGGCUAUUCACCGGUGUCUUUCUAACUUCUUGACACAUAUAAUAUUAAGAUAUUUAUUAUGGGAUGAUUAAAUACAUGUAUAACAUUUGCCUCUUCUGAAUUUGCUCAAUUUCAACUAAAUCGUAGUUGUGUUUGUAUAUGUUUGCUCUGUUUUUAUUGUAACAGCCAAAUAUAAAGAUAUGAUAUAUAAUUUAAAAUACAUAUUGGAUAUUCAUUAUUUACAUUUAAAAAGCUUUACAUUAUUAAACUUUUUAAACAGAA